AAGGUGAUUGCUUCGCUUGCUAAGGAAGUGAGUUCUAAAAGGUUGACUCCAAACCUGGUCAUAUCAGCCUCGAGAUUCCUUGCCCACCCAAAAAAUUAAUACCUGGAAAUGGUCACUCUCCAUCAACAAUUUAAAAUUCCUUAGCUGACGUUUCCUCUAUAAUUGAAUUCAUUUCCUGGUUUGCUGUCAUAUCAGAAUUCAAACUCCUGUUUAAUCCAUGUACUGUUGAUUUAAGGUAAAAAAUUUGAACCCCUGUCCUAAGCUCCCAAGUCCCAACUAUUGCGCACCACCUGUUAGGAUCAAAGAAUAAAAUGAAAGAGUACCGUAGCGGUUUUGAACCCCUUAAGAGCUUCCUGUUAUCAAGCAUUGCUGUUGUCACUGUCCUCACAAAUUUCUUAUUAACCUUAAGGUUUAGACUCUCAAAUGGAGCAAGAAAUGUUCUAGUUUGACUCGCUUUGUUCUUCAAUACCAGUUUUGGUUUUUCAAAGACAAAUCACUGAAUGCUGUAAGAGUGGAGAAAAGACAAGUUUCCAUGGGGUGUAAGAACAAAAAUCAGGUGUUUUCACAUGGAGAAUCUAAGGGAAUAAUGGAAAGUGAAAUCAAAGAAUCCCCUUUUGUAUCCAUGCCAAAAUCACCUAUACAAAGUAGCAGACCAAGCAGCAUGGUUGUUAAGAAGGCACAUACCGUGAUUCCGGCGCAUAUUGUAGCCGAGGCAAUAUCGACGCUUCAUGGUCUUGAUCUCAGAUGGUCGGGACCAAUCACACCGACGGAAAGGGACUAUGUUGAGCAAUAUGUGUUGGCAAAAUAUCCACAGUAUGCAGGUCAAGUUGAGCUAGAAAAUAUAGACCUUUCUAGUCUAUGCAUCAAUGAAGAGUCCUCGGAGGCUGCAAUUGAUGAUAAAAAGAAAUCACCAAGAGGUAAUUCAAGAGAAUCCUCGUCACCUUUCUUCGGAAGCAAUCAUCCGGACCUGGACAGGAUUCAAUUGGAGCCAUCAAGAUUGCUCGAUAUCCUCACGAAGAAAUCGUCUUUCCCUGGAAGUUUCAUUUCGAUUCCGGAAAUCCAAGCUCGAAACAAAGUUCUGAAACACUGUGGAUUGCCGGACGAUGACUACCUGGUUCUCUUCACACCAAACUACAAGGAUGCAAUGAUGUUAGUAGGAGAAAGCUACCCUUUUUUUAAAGGUAACUUCUACAUGAGCAUCAUUGGUGAAGAACUUGAUUAUGUAAAGGAAUUUGCGAGUUACAAGGAAUCAAAAGUGAUAUUGGCACCUGAAACAUGGUUGGAUUUGAGAAUCAAAGGGUCACAACUUAGUCAGUAUUUCAGGAAAAAAUGUAAGCAUAGUCCAAAGGGAUUGUUCUCGUAUCCAGUUGAUGUUAAUGGGAUGCGUUACUCUAUGCAUUGGAUUUCGGAAGCUCAUAGGAAUUCAUGGCAUGUUCUGCUCGAUGCAACUGGUUUAGUUGUCGGACAAGAUCGGUUGAACCUCGCGCUUCAUCGGCCUGAUUUCGUGCUUUGUAGUCUGGAGAAUACGCAUGCUCAACCAGCAAGGAUAACUUGCCUGUUGGUGAGGAAGAAAUCGUUUGAUACUACAACAUCUUCAUCUCAGAUGAGUGAGUGAAACCUGGGAUUAGCUGAUAUGAAUACGUUAUUUCAUAUGUUUGAGUUAUUUUAAAAUUUAUUGCUACAUAUAUUUUGGAAUUUGGAACAAAUAAAACGAGUUUUGAACAGGAAGAAACUGUCAAAUGAAUGCUUCCCAUAUAUGAAAUUCAAUCAGAAUUGCAGCAACUUCUGCUGGUUCA